AUGUAACCACCUCAAGGACUUGUGCAUGACUCGCCAUUUUAAACAUCUUCUCUAAAAUCUCCUACAAAUAAACCCAUUGUCAUUUCCGCUUCUUCAUCGACGGAAAAUGGCAAAACUCAUACCUACAGUAGCUCUCAUCAGCAUUCUGCUAAUCAUCAUAGCCAACGCAUCGUCCGCCCACAGAACCAUCAUCACCACCGUGGAGAUCGACGAAACCAACCCGACAGGAAGAGAAGGGCAAUGCCGUGAGGAAGUGGAGAAGCAGGGGUUGGACUCGUGUGUCCAGUAUAUGAGGAAAUUAAUUUCAGGAGGAGAAGCAAAACAGCAGCUCGAGCAAUGCUGCAGUCGACUGAAGCAAGUACGAGAUGAAUGCCAAUGUCCGGCGAUUGAAUCUGCGUAUCAGGAAAUGCAGGGAGAGGUGAUGAUGCAUCAAUGGCCGAGAGUGAUUACUAGGGUCAGAAGCCUUCCGUCUACUUGUGGGCUGAGCCAAGAGUACUGUGAAAUCAGCUGAAUCUUAUUCCGAAUGACACGAUCAUAAAUAAAUAAACAAAUAAAGUAUGAUCAUUCACCAACUCAUGUGACUGAUCUGUGUGAUCUUCUAGAACUAAGCAUAUCAGAGUAUGUUUUGCAGUGUAUUAUGUGAAGUAAUGAAUUAUGUCUUUUCUGUGUAACAUAUGAAGCAGAGAUUUGUUCUUUUCGUAGUUAAAACAUGACAUAAUUAAACAUAAAUUUAAUACAGGAUAUGCAAUUAGAUUUUGAUUUGUCUA